GUAUUCCAACUGACCAAACCAAAUAUGCUGAAAACUCCACUCCACUUCGUCUUCUCCGCCCCCUCUUUUCAUAUCCUUGCAUCUUUCCAAAAAUCUAGAUUUGACCGAACCCAUGUUCAAAAAUUAAGAUCUUUAAUCAAAGUUUUGAUCUUUUUCAGUAACAUUAACUGUUUCAACUACCCCACCUCAAAACACCUCCUUGUCUGUUGGUUGUUGCAACUGUAUCAACUCUUUCCCCUUUCCUCUCUCCCUGGUUUCCACCGCUUCUUACAAUGUCGGUCGCCGCCGUUGGAUCUUUCUCUCUACUAAGAUCUCCGACGUGGAUCGGCCGCCCUCGCUUCACCAUGGCCUUCCGAUCCAAAGCGGUCUCUGUUUCCCCAAUUUUGACUAAGUUUCAGAAGGAUUGCGACACCCCUUUGCCGGUAUUGCGCCACGUGGCCGAUGCAAUGGCCGACGAUAUGCGAGCUGGGCUUGCCGUCGACGGCGGCAGCGAUCUGAAAAUGAUUCUUAGCUAUGUCGACACUCUCCCUAGUGGGAAUGAGAAAGGAUUGUUUUAUGCAUUGGAUCUUGGUGGCACCAAUUUUCGAGUGCUUAGAGUGCAAUUGGGUGGCAAAGAAGAACGUGUCAUUGCCACUGAAUUUGAACAAGUUUCAAUUCCUCAGCACUUAAUGUUUGCCACAUCUCAGGAGCUCUUUGAUUUCAUUGCUUCUGGUCUGGAAAAAUUUGUAGAGAGUGAAGGUGACAGAUUCCACCUUUGUCCUGGAAGAAAGAGAGAGAUUGGAUUCACAUUCUCAUUCCCUGUGAAACAAACUUCCAUUGAUUCUGGCAUAUUAAUCAAGUGGACUAAAGGUUUUGCUGUUUCUGGAGUGGCCGGGAAAGAUGUUGUUGCUUGUCUAAAUGAAGCCAUGGAAAGGCGGGGACUAGAUAUGCGCGUUUCGGCCCUUGUUAACGAUACGGUUGGAACCUUGGCUGGAGCAAGAUACUACGACGAUGAUGUUGUGGCUGCUGUGAUUUUAGGUACAGGAACCAAUGCCUGUUAUAUAGAACGAAAAAAUGCUAUUCCUAAGUUGCAAGGCCAGGCAUCUUCUUCAGGGAAAACAAUUAUCAACACAGAGUGGGGAGCAUAUUCAAAUGGUCUUCCUCUUACUGUUUUUGAUAGAGAGAUGGAUGCUGCCAGUAUCAAUCCAGGGGAGCAGAUCUUUGAGAAGACAAUAGCUGGAAUGUACCUCGGUGAAAUUACUCGUAGAGUGCUUUUGGCAAUGGCUGAAUUCUCCCCUCUUUUCGGCAAAUCCGUUCCCAAAAAGUUGUCAACACAGUUCAUCCUCAGCACACCAGAUAUAUGUGCUAUGCAACAAGAUGUCUCCAAUGACCUUCAAGCCGUCGGAUCGAUCUUGUACAAUGUUUUCGGGGUCGAGUCAGAUUUAAGUGCAAGAAAAAUCGUCGUAGAGGUGUGUGACACAAUUGCAAAGCGAGGGGGGCGAUUGGCAGGGGCAGGAAUUGUUGGAAUCUUGCAGAAGAUAGAAGAUUUUGAAGAUGUAAAGGUUGGAAAGAGGAGAGUUGUGGCCAUGGAUGGAGGAUUGUAUGAGAAUUAUCCACAAUACAGAAGGUACCUUAAAGAAGGAGUAACAGAACUUUUGGGGACAGAGUUGGCUAAGAAUGUCGCCAUUGAACAUACCAAGGAUGGCUCUGGCAUUGGGGCUGCUCUUUUGGCUGCUUCAAAUUCUAUUUAUAAAACAUGAUUUCUAGAGGGGAAAACACUUGGUUUUUGUCCCUAAGAAUUAUUUCUUCUAAUUUGUUGUUCUUAUUAUUGUUUCCAUUAAUUUUUUUUAAUCUUUUGGUUUGAUUCUAUAUUAGGGUAAUUAUGUAGAAUUAAGCAGAGAUUGAUUAUAGUUUUUAGUUUUAAAAUCAACUUUAUGUGGUGUUUGUAAUUAUGAGUGGGUUUUAUGCACUCUAGAUUACUAUCAAUAAAAGUAUUAG